AUGUUGCGGGUUGUGGCUUACGUCUGCGCUCUCCUGGCACUAGCUCACGGACAGACCACCAAUGUAAACCAGUGUACUUUCCACAGUGGACCUCUGCCGAUACACACGUACAUAGAGGGCUGUGUUACUCCGCCAUGUGUCUUCCCACAAGGACAAGAUGCGGUCGUCAACAUCAAGUUCCGAGCACCCCGCGCCGUGCAGAGUAUGACCACUCAUGCCACAGCAUUUCUGUCAAUAUUACCAAUCUUUUACCCUCUCGGAGAGGCAGCUCACACCUGUAAUUACCUCACUAACAACAGUUGCCCUCUGAAAGAAGGCGAAGAGGUGCAGUACUCCCUCAAUAUGUUCAUCGAGCCUGCUUUCCCUGCGGGAACUAGUCUACCAAUCGAGUUUAGGAUCGUGGAUGACAACAACAACAACCUGGUUUGCAUUCGCGUGCCAAUCAUAAUCGCGCCUCCUUUGCCUCCACCUCCUUCCACUGAUGUAAGCCAGUGUACUUUCCACAGUGGACCUCUGCCGAUACACACGUACAUAGAGGGCUGUGUUACUCCGCCAUGUGUCUUCCCACAAGUACAAGAUGCGGUCGUCAACAUCAAGUUCCGAGCACCCCGCGCCGUGCAGAGCAUGACCACUCAUGCCACAGCAUUUCUGUCAAUAUUUCCAGUCUCUUACCCUCUCGGAGAGGCAGCUCAGACAUGCAACUACCUCACUAACAGCAGCUGCCCUCUGAAAGAAGGCGAGGAGGUGCAGUACUCCCUCAAUAUGUUCAUCGAGCCUUCUAUUCCUGUGGGAACUAGUCUACCAAUCGAGCUUAGGAUCGUGGAUGACAACAACAACAACCUGGUCUGUCUCCGUUUGCCAAUCAUAAUCGCGCCUCCUGUGUCUUCCAACAUGCUUGCCGGGCCGGCUGCCGGAGUAUAGAGCUGAAAGACAUACAGUUCUGACAUCAUCUAAACUUCGACCAACAACCUCAACCUGCAUAUGCAUUGAUGUAACACAUAUGACUUAAAAUUUAGUUGCACAGUUGUUUUAAUGAAAUAAAAAUUCAGCAUUCA